AUGCUCGGGAACAUUCCCCGUCCCCAAAGUCAUGUGACGUUGUCAACGACAACGGGCCCCCUUCGCGUGAAACAUCCUGUAUGUGCAACCUUGGUUCACGAACUCCAAUCCCAAGGACACAUCGUGACUGUGGUCUUGCCAAACCAGCAACGUUCCUGGAUCGGAAAAGCCCACUUCGUCGAGGAUGUGAUCGGGCUGCAUCACUAUCACCCUUAUCAGCAGGAGGGCAAGCCUAUCCCGAUCGACCUGGUGGUAUCGGGCCCCAACCUCGGAGCGAACGCAACAGCUCUGUUCUCCCUCUUCAGUGGCACAAUCGGCGGGGCCAUGGAGGCCGUCCUGUGUGGAAAGAGGUCUAUUGCUCUAUCCUUUGAGCCAGCUACCAAAGACGAUAUUUGCAAUCAAGGGCAGAUUACAGAUGCAUCUAGGCAUGCCGUACGUCUGAUUGAGCAUUUAUACCACAGCUGGGACGACGGCGUAGAACUCUACUCCGUGAACAUACCGCUGCGAUCUGUUCCCAGCGGAGACAGGAAGGUCGUUACACGGAACGCGGAUUCGCCGCUGCUACUGCGAUGGGCGCCAGACCUAUCAGAUAUCCACGGUAGUAUGGACCGCACCUCGGAUGCAGAUGAUGACUGGGCAGUCCGUGAAGGAAAGACCAGUGUGGCUCCGUUGAAAGCAAAUUUCAUGCAUGCUGCCCAGUGCGAAGGCGAGAUCCACCUAGGGUAAUCUUUUUCAAGGUCGCUAGAGUACUAGAUAUGAUAACAUAGGACGUGG